AUGGUGGAGUGCCCUCACAUUAUCAGUUUAACCAUAAUGUUCGCACCGGUGGAGGGCGUGGGACACGUGAACGCGUGCAUAGGUUUGGCUGAAGUGCUGUUAAGUCGGGGCCACAAAAUCGUGUUUGUAGUGAACGAGUCCUAUGCGGGAAAGUUAGCGCCGUUUGGUUUCGUUGAAGAGAUUGUCACUUCAGGUGAGGCGACAAAUGAAAAGCCCGGCGAAAACAUUGCUAAACAACGGCUCGAGUCGGGACUGUUGUCCGCCGAGACAUCGUAUAAAUCGAUGCAAAUUAAUAUGAGUUUACCCUUCUUUGAGGGCAAGACCGACACAAUGCGGGCCAAUGAACCGCAGCUCAAGGCUAUUGUCGCCAAACAUAGACCCGAUGUGUAUAUCAUCGACCACUUCAUCGGCUCUCCAACACUAAUCCACUCAACCAAACCCUGGGUUUUCCUGUUUAGCGGAAAUCCAUUAUUCAUUAUUAAUGAUGAGAGGACUCCUCCCGGCUGUUCGGGCUAUCCUACAAAUGUAUGCGACCGAAAUGAAUGGCAAGAAUUCUGGAAAUUAUCUAAAAAUAUGUUCAAAAAACUAAGCGUUAAAUACAAUGAAUGGAUGAAAGAGGAAGGCUUUCCCGUAACCACUAACGACAGAGCGAUUCCCGACUCGCCUUAUCUUAAUAUCUAUGGAUAUCCCGAAGAAUUGGAUUAUUUAGAUCUCAGACCACUUCCCGAGAAGUGGUUAAGAGUCGACACAUUUAUGAGAAGAGGAGAGAAACAAGAGUUUGAAAUUCCCGAUAAAUUCCGUGACAGAGAUGUAGAGAAAAGUAAAUUAAUUUACUUAUCAUUGGGUUCUAUGGGUUCAGUAAAUGUAGAUCUAAUGAAGCGAUUGGUGUCUAUUCUCAGCAAAAGUCAGCACAAGAUUAUUGUCUCGAAAGGACUUCUCGGAGACACAUAUGAAUUGGCGGACAAUAUGUGGGGCGAGAACUCAGUCCCGCAGACAAAAGUGUUGCCAUUAGUAGAUGUGGUCAUAACACACGGCGGGAACAACACUAUUACCGAAACAUUCAGUUGCGGUAAACCAAUGAUAAUAAUGCCAUUAUUUAGCGAUCAAUACGAUAACGCGCAGAGAGUUAUGGAAAAGGGAUUUGGGAUUAGACUUAAUCCGCACACCGUUUCAGAGCAGGAAUUGCUUAACUCUAUUGAAAAGCUAUUGAAUGAUAAGGAAUUGAAGCAUAAAUUAUCCGUCGCUUCAAAACGUAUGCUUAACUCCCAUAGCCUUCAAAUAGUAGCGCAAGAGAUUGAAAAUCUUAUUCAAUAA